AUGCAAUCUCCGGUGGUGCUUUUCUGUCUCCUUGGACUGACUGUUUUAGCGGCUUCACUUCAGCCGCAAGACGCAACACACCUCGACCAGCUGGUGAAUGAGGUGAGCACCACGACGGCUGAGGAGGAGGAGGAACCGCAGCUGCACGGAGACGAGGUCCUGGUCCCAGCGCGGAUUUCACUGAGACCAGUUGUGCGGGGCGUAAUACGUGCCGUCCAACGCCAUGGCCCGAGGCUUGUUCGUGGUGCUAGGCGCGCCAUCGCAGCCGGUGCGCGAAAGGCCGGAGAGGUUGGUCGGAAGGUCUGGGCGGGUGCCAAGAGGGCCGGCAGAGCCGUGUGGCGCCAAGUCAGCAUUCCGCUGGAAUGGCCGAAGAAGAAGGACAAGAAGAAGAGGAGAUGA